GCCACAUAUUCCAUACAGCCACCGCAGAAGAAGAACACAGACCGAGAGGAGCUCGGCAACUGCUACCCGAUCAUGUUAUCGAUCAGCAUGUCAGCGUAGCAGGAAAACAAAGCCCAGAGCAGCCGACCCGUCCGGACACGGAGUCUCUAAGAUGGCGGGCGAGGAAGAGAGGGCGGUGGUUCGAGUCCGGGUCAAGAAAUGUGACGGCGUGCUUCCUGCAGAGUUUCGCUCCUUCGCAGUUGAUCCUCAGAUAACAUCUCUGGAGGUCCUACAGCACAUACUGAUCAGAGCCUUCGAUCUGAACGGGAGGCGAAAUUUUGGGAUCAGCUACCUGUCUCGAGAUCGGGGUGGCGCUGAAAUGUACAUGUCUUUGGUGUCUGACUGGGAACUGGAUGCUGCAUUUGUCAGUGCAGCCAAACCGUAUCUGCAGCUGAAGAUGGACAUAAAACCUUCAGAGGACAGUCCCGUUAUGGAGGACUGGGAUAUCAUAAGCCCCAAAGACGUGAUUGGCUCUGAGCAGCUUCUCGCAGACAGGACCAGGUCUUUGGCUUCUGCAGCUCUUCCCUUCACCCAGUCUCUGCUGUCCCAGGUGGGCCGGACCCUGUCCAAAGUCCAGCAGGCCUUCAGUUGGUCGUACGGGGAGGAGAUCAAGCCUUUCAAGCCCCCUCUGAGUGACGCCGAGUUUCACAGUUACCUCAACGGACAGGGUCAGCUGACACGACCCGAGGAACUCAGACUGCGGAUCUACCAUGGUGGUGUGGAGCCUUCACUGCGCAAGGUCGUGUGGCGGUACCUCCUGAACGUCUACCCCGAUGGACUGAGUGGACAGGAAAGGAUGGACUACAUGAAGAGGAAGACGAGGGAGUAUGAUCAGCUGAAGAGCGAGUGGACGGCCAGGGUCAGCCACGAGGACCUCGAAUUUAUCCGUGGAAAUGUUCUUAAAGACGUCCUGAGGACGGACCGGGCUCAUCCGUACUACGCAGGCUCAGAAGACAGUCCACAUCUGACCGCCCUCACAGACCUGCUUACCACCUUCGCCAUCACACAUCCACAGAUAUCAUACUGUCAAGGCAUGAGUGAUAUUGCCUCCCCUAUACUUGCGGUAAUGGACAAUGAGGCACAUGCCUUCAUUUGCUUUUGUGGCAUCAUGAAACGCCUGGAGGGGAACUUCCGGCCAGAUGGGCAGCUCAUGUCCGUUAAGUUCCAGCAUCUGAAGCUGCUUCUGCAGUACUCGGAUCCUGAGUUCUACUCUUACCUGGUGUCCCGAGGGGCCGACGACCUCUUCUUCUGUUACCGCUGGCUGCUUCUGGAGCUCAAGCGGGAGUUUGCGUUUGACGAUGCUUUGAGAAUGUUGGAGGUCACUUGGAGCUCACUGCCUCCGGAUCCUCCUGAAACUGAAGUGGAGCUUCUGGGUCCAUCACUGGAAACCAACGAAACAAUGUCCUGCAGAGACGAGGAAAAGGACAAGCCGGUGGAGAAUUGCCUCGGAGAUGAUAAGGAACAGAAAGAGAAGCAGCGUAGGCGACAUAUGCUGAGGCCUUCGAGAGAGGAAGCAGAUGUGUGCAGGAAUGCUGUCGUAGAAGAAAAAGACCUCGCCGCCGGAAAGGGAAGCGAGGUCAGUGAAUGUGAUACUCCUCAAGUGACCACGGAAAAGGCCCCUCCGUUUGAGAGGCAAAUGAGUUUUGGAGAGUUUAAAUACUAUACUGCCCGGAGUGAAGACAGCUUUGAUAUGGAGGAUGCUGAGCAGCCACAGCGUUUGGUGGCUUCAAAAUCAGUAACAAGCAUCCCAACACGCCAGUCCACAGUUGACAGUGAGGAGGACCCAGGAGAGGGAACGCCUCUCAUAAAAAAUUGUGACAAUGGUUUCUCUCCAAUGUCAUCUCCUCCUCUUUUUCCCAGUGGCCUACCAAUGUGGAAAACUGGCCCUUCUCUCUCUCCCACAUCUUCAGUUUCACCCUCUAGCUGGCCAGGUGCUUCUCCAGACUCUCCUCCAAAACCCACAUCCCCGUCCAGAACCAGCGGAGGAGAGGUCUUUCCAAUGACUGUCCCAAAAGUAUUGACCUCCUCUGCCCACGUGCUCAGCAGUACAGGGAUUAACUCGCCCACGACCCCCACUUUAAAAACAUCUGUCGCAUCUCCCUCCCACACUCGGUCCCUACUCUCUUCACCCAUUUUGUCUUUUGGGAGAGGCCCCUCGCUGUCUGGAAGCAGGUCGUCCUUCAACAAUCUCCCCUCACCAGGCAACAAAUCCCCUAGCACCACAGCUAACACGCCCAGUUCUUCUAAAGCUGAGACUGCCAGCAUCAAACCGUGUUCGCUGCCGCCUCCUCAAGAGUUCGGCAAAGGCAACCCCUUCAUGCUGUUCCUGUGCCUGUCCAUCCUGCUGGAGCACCGGGACCACAUCAUCAAGAACAGCUUGGAUUAUAAUGAGCUGGCCAUGCACUUUGAUCGCCUUGUGCGGCGCCACAACCUGAGCAGGGUGCUGCAGCGAGCCAAGGCCUUAUUCGCAGACUACUUGCAGAGUGAAGUCUGGGACUCGGAAGAAGGGGACGAGGUUAGCUUGGACUCUCCAACAACAGCUACUCAACACUCCCCUUCUUCAACCAUCUCUGCCCGGCCCAUUUACAGCCCUUUGGCCUCGCCUCAGUCAUCAUCUCCAAACUCAACAUACAACCUCGCAACCACCAUUCCAUCCCCAACAGCUCAAGUCUCCCUUUCUCCCACCUCCUGACUCCAUCAUGCAUCAUUGGCCUCCCAUCGUCAGUGAACUCCUCAGUAGACUGUUUGUGGAUCGUUGGAGGUGUAGAACUUUUUUGGUCAGCCUUCCACGUUGAAUUGGGCAGUUAAUAGUCUCCUCAUUCUGUGUAUGCUUGAAUACAUAUAUUCCUUAUGUCUGUAGUCAUCGUAGUAUUUAACUUUGUCAUCAACCUUUCAAGUUAAGCUCUUUCUGUUGGCUGUCCUUGAAGAGAAGGUGAAAGUGCUUCAUUUCCCGUUGUGUCCUCUGAGGUUGUUGAUGCAUGAAAUGUUAAACCCUGUGGUUCAGGCGUUUCACAGUCAGACAGAUCAGCUGUCUUAGUUUUGCCAGAACCAACAAAAGUUUAGCCACUUGGUGCAUUUAGCCUGUGUUGCCCUCUUUAUGAACUUUGUUUACAAGCUCAUGUUAUGUCCAACAAGCCACAAAAGUGUCUUAAGUAAAGCACUCAAGGUUCAUAAAGGAUCUCUCAAAGAAACAAGACUUGUUAAUUAAGACAAAGUCAUCAGUUUGUCACAAAAUAACCUGAUGAUAACAUUUGGAAACGAGACACAGCCAGCAUACAUACUUUCCUUCCUAACCUUCCUGACCUAGCCUGUCACCAUUAACCUUAAGGGGUAAAUCAACAAUACAUAUACAUAGUGGAAAGAAAUGCUGCUGAGAGUGUGUUCAGACAUGAAUUUAAGCUGCAUAGAAAUAAGAUGGAAGAGUGCUUAAAGAUGGAUUCCUGUUCAUCCUUUAUGAAUCAACUAGAGGAAGACGUGCACUGAAAUAACAGAAAGAACUGGAGUUCCUGGUGAGCUCUGAAAUCAGUCCCACAAACACACCGUCGCUGUGUUUUACCUACAGCUAAAGUGCGCUUUGCCUUCUGUCUGAACAGACUUUAACGCUUGAUUACACCAGCAUUUAUAACAACAAGGUUUUUAGCUGAAAAUCAGAUCAUCUCAGAUGAAUCGCAGCGAUCAGAGGAUUAGCAGAGCUUUAGUGUAGAGUUGAUCCUUGGUGAACUCACAAAUUGGCACCAAUUCAGCCUGUCUUGACAGCACCGCCCUUUGAGGGAACAAGGAACCGGAGAGCCAAACGAGAGGAAGCUGUGUCUCGCCAUCCCAUUUAGUAUAACCUGCUCCAUCAGAGCGAUGCAGUGCGGUCCGCAGUCAGUCGCUGCCUUCGAUUAAGUGCGUUAGCUUAUUCCGCUGUGUUCUAGUUUGAUGGGGCGCCAAAGCUUGAAACCUGUCCUGACCUGUUUUGGCACUAAUGUUUUACAAUCUGCUUCGCUUUCUGUCUGAAGACACCUUGAGAAAAUGACCCUGAUGAUGUCAGAGUGAUGUCAUCAGGGCUAUCUCAGCUGCAGACUGCAAAUCAUAUAGCAGAAAGCCCUCGUCACAACAUGGGGGGUGCGGUGUUUGAAAGACUUGGGCAUUCACCAAGCAGGGAAGGUCUAAUGAAGAUACCCUAUUGAAUUACAUUAUGGGGAAUGGAGGAUCCAAUGUUUUUGGAGCUUCACCCAGUUAAUAACUUGACCAUUGCUGCUUUAAUCUGAACCCACAGUUCGUCAUUAAAUCAGUGGAGCAGAUCUUUAAUCCCACACAUUGAAGCUAUGUGGCCUAAUUUUUCCUUUUUCUCUUCCAAAGUGCUGCUGCAUGUGGACUUGUUGGCAUGGUAGGAUACCCUGAGGUGGAUCUAAACAGAACCAAGGUGCAGUACAUUAUAGGUUCCCUUCAGACCACUGAAGAUGUAUACUGUAGCCUAAAUGAAGGAAAGUGUCUUUUUAUUUAUUCUCCCAUCUCGUUGCCAUGAGCUUGAUGUUCUUGCCUUUUCUGCUUUCAGUAAAACUGUUUAAAGUUUAAAGUUGCUUAAAUGGCCUGCUUCUGUAAACGUGUUGUAAAGGGAAAGAGGCUCAGCCAAUCACAAGCGAGGACUGCUGAUACCUGAGGAAGUGAUGUUUUCUGUUCUUCACGAAAUCGCGUCUCAGAUGGGACAGUUGGUGCAGAGCAAUGGGACAAAGCAGCUGAUCAUCUUGAUCGACACCUUGUCAUCUGGCGUCACUCUAAAGGACACGUGGAUGCUGUUGAUCUGCACUCUGGUGAUACCCUGCAUGUGUUGGACUUCAACCACAGCGUACUGCAAUUAUUUAAUGCCGUGGUGGGUCGUUGUUGCUGUUUCCCAAAGACUGUAUUCUGAUUUCAAAGAAAUCAUCAACAUAUUUGUCUAAAUGAGUCUAAUCUGACGCAGGUAUCACACUUAGGCAGUCUUUUGCUUUGUGUGGUUGCUGCUGAGAGUCCUGGCUGUAUGAUCAAUAUCUUUCCUGCUGAUCCUUAGAAAGGCAUUAGAAAGUGAAUGUUCCAAAUGAAGCAGACAGGUCAUAAAAAUGUAUUUAAAUGUAAUGUGAUGUAAGGCAGACGUCAUGAAGAUUUAAUUUAACGACCAGUGGUCAUCGGCCAUCCAAAGGUUUGAUCCUGUGUUGAUCCAGAUAUGGAUCAGAUGCAUCUGAAGUCAGCAGCACUGUGCUCACAUGGAACCAUGAGGUUAGUUUGUUUUCAGGACUUGAAAAUGUUCAUCUGGUAGUGAUGAGGAUGAAAUGAAUGUAGAUGAAGCUCAUGGCUGCAGAGAGAGCGGAAGGUCUGUCAUUAAGAAAUCCUGAGAGAUUCACCUCCUGUCCCCCAUGACCCCACCUCCUCCAGCCCGUUGUUGGAAUUUCGGACCUUGGACUUGUGUGGGAACAUUUGGGGAAGUUGAUCUCACUGUUUGUUUGUUUCUCAUUAUUGUGUACCUUUAAGACGUUCUUGGUUUGGAGUGGCCUGUGUGCUGUACAUCCUCAGUAGUCUGUAAAGUAGAGCUACAACGAUUAAUUUUGAUUAUCGAUUAUUCGGUGUGAGUCUGAUUCCAGCUUCUUAAAUUUCCUGGUUUCUUUACUCCUGUGACAGUAAAGUAAACAUCUUUGAGGAUGUCUUCUCUGGCUUUGGGAAACACUGAUUGACAUUUUCUGCCACCUUUAUAGACUAAACAACUAAUCAAUUAAUUGAGAAAACAGUCGACAAUAAAAAUGAUGGUUACUUGCAGCCCUACUGCAAGCAGAACAGGAAGAGUGUGAUGGCUCCACCUCUUUGACGGGUGCUUCGGGUUUAAGCAGAAACUCCAGUGAUUCUCGUGUCUUUAGACCCUUGUUAUGCUUAUGAAUCUUACAUUUGGCUUUGCCUCCUUUUCUAUAUCAGUAUUUAAGAGCAUAUUGAAGACGAACUGAAGUGACUGGACUGGCCGUGAGCUAGCAAUAUGUGCAUUUGUAAAAAACCAAACAAAAAAAAAUAUUUGUUUAUCUUGUUAAAUUAUAUAUGUGCACAAAAGUUAAACUUUUUAAUCAUACAACACAGAACAAUGUUACUGAUUGUAUAUUGGACACAAAUAAAUAAUCAAUGCAA